AUGUUUUUCUUAUCGACAUUUGUGGUAAAUAAAAAGUGCAAAAACAGCUGCUAAAUCGGCCGAGAAGUGCAAUGAUAUAGCCGCCAUAUCUGAUAUGUCCAAGCGCAACAUAACGUACGUAAAGCCGCAAGAACCUAGUUUUCUGGCCAAGUUGAAGGCUGAAAUUGGCUACAAGGAGGGACCGACCGUAGAGACCAAGCGUCAGCGAUUGGAUCCGCAGGACCAGGAGGACUACGAUUCUGAGGAGGAUUCGCGGGAGGACGAACAGCCGCAGGUGGUCGUCCUUAGGCCGGGUGAUCUCUCCGCCGAAGAGGCCAAAACGGAGAAACUGUUGGCCUCCAAAGAAUUAGCCGAAAAGCGAGCGGAUCUGACGCAGCCAAUAGUCUUCAAACAGCGUGUCAAGCAGCCCAACAUCGAGAAAAAAGAGUCCCAAUCUGAAACCAACAGGAAGUCCGAAAAAUCCAGCACAUCCAAGAGCAAGAAGUCCAAGGCCGCCAGUAGCAAGCUGUCCUUCAACGAGGACGAGGAGGACGAGACGCCCAAGGAUUGAAGAUCAGACCUUAGUUAUUUGGCUAUAAGUUGCACCAACCAAGUUAACCUGCAGCGAAUGAUUAAGGUGAGAAAUUCAGGUCAAAAACUGUAAGCGAUUGUUAACUACGCUUUGAAUUUCUUUGCUGCCAUGUGAAUAUUAUGAGUUUAAUAAUGGGGUUUCCAUAUGUAUGUAUCAGAACCCAACUCGAAAUGACGCGGUCGUUAUAGAUUGUAGAUUUUUCACUAAAGAACCAAACUGUAUACAACAUUUCCUAAGUUAAAGCUAAAUUAUAUAGUAUAUAUUUGAGUUUUUGCAAACAUAUGCAUGUAUUGCCUAUUUAUUGUUAUUUAGAAAUGAAUCAUUGAGAUUAGAUCAUGAUUUUGACACGUCGAUCGUAAAAAUAAUUAUAGAAUUCUUGAAAGAUCCCUUAGAUACCUACAACAUAUGAUUUUUUCCUUAAAGCACUUCAAAAUUUAUUGUCAAUUUAUGUUUUCAAAUAAGUGUUACACGUUUUAAGUAAAUAAUUAACAUACUAAUUAUAUUUAUUAUUAACACGUAAUGUACUUUACGUGAAUCAUACAA